AUGGCCGAAAAGCUAGCACCUAAGCCCCUUGCACCACUACUUGAUUCGUCGCGGGAUGAUCGAUCUGUUCCGCGAAGGACCAACUCCUCUUUGGCUUGUACUGCUUGCAAGGUGCGGAAAACAAAGUGUGAUGGUAAGGAACCUUGCGAAAGAUGUAUCGCGAAAAAGACGGAAUGCUUCUACGAUUACAAUGCCGACCAGCGUCGACGUAUCAACAUAAAACGGAAGAUCAGUACCCUGGAGGAGGAUCGGGACUUAUUAAUCAACUUGUUCCUGUCUCUGCGCAACGGUAGCGACAGCAAUGCUUACGCUAUCCUCAACCUGAUCCGCAGUGGCCCUGACCUUGAGGAGUUGAAAUCCUACAUCGACGCUCGAAUGAAAGAGGGAGCUUCGCCCGAGAUAGUCGAAGCCCAUGAAGCACUGUGCGGAAGCCAAGACGUUGGAAAUAAGGUCCCUCGAAAGGUCCUCAGCGUUAAGGAACUGGUCGAUCAGCCCCCUCUGCAAGUCCCUGCAAAACCCUGGACAAGUGUAACGGAGGAUGAUACCUUUGUAUCUCAUUUGAUAUCCCUAUACUUUACUUGGUAUCAUCCUUGUUUUCCAUGGAUUGACCGAGAGCUCUUCAUCCGUGACAUGAAAGCCGAAAAUCUUGAUUCAAAGUUUUGCUCACCAUUCCUCGUGAAUGUUUUGUUAGCCGACGCUUGUGCCUAUUCCGAUUACGCAGAAGCCUACAAAUACCCCAAAGAUCCAUCAACAAGGGGCGAGCAUUUCUAUGAUGAGGCGCGAAAAUGUCUUGAAGAGGAAAAGGGACGUUUUACCAUUUCCACAGUUCAGGGCCUAUGUGGUCUUUCCAUUUGUGCUUUUCUCACGGGCAAGGAUCGCGUUGGCUGGAUCUUUCAGGGUCAACUCGCCUUUGUAGCCAAGGAGCUUUACAACAAUACCUACGACACUUCUAAUAUGCAGAACAGCGAUUUAACUGAAGAAAAACGCGUUCGUACAUCUACACUCUGGGGAUUAUAUAGCAUAACGAUGGCAAGUUCCAUGGCAUACCAGAAAGCUCCGAUGAUCGAAACCCCUGAUGUACCAAUUCCGAAGCGCGAUCAUGAGGGUUGUACCGACGUAUGGAACUCCUAUCCAGUCAAAAGUGACAAAAUUUCAUGGCAUUCCUCAUGUCAUUUUGGCUGUCUUUGCGAUAUGGCUGCGAUCCUGAAUGACUGGUGCUCUUUAAUGUUCGGUGGAAGAAAGAGACCGUCUCUAGAAGACGUGCUCUCGACGACAAACGAAGUGGUUCGGAGGUUAUCAAAGUGGGAGGCGAGCCUCCCCGAGUGCCUACGUGUAGAGAACGCUGUUAUGCCGCUUCCUCAAGUCCUAUGUCUUCAUAUGUAUUACCACAACGCCCUGAUUACAGUCCAUGGACUGGCAAAAACAUCGAAGGAUAAUGCGAAUGACGAGAAAGAAGCAGAACCGUCCGAUACUAACUCACAGAAGGCCAUAUUGUGGUCGGCACGCCGGAUCGCAAAAUUGAUGCAACAGCACCGUGAUUCUUGGGGCAUCGAUAUCUUUCCGGCGAGCCACAUUCAGUGGGUUACAAUAUCUCUAUAUACUCUGCUCGAGGAUCUCGAGACACCUGAAAGCGUGGAUGCAUUCAUUAUUUUAUGUAUUGCCGCCAAAGCCGCUUCGCGACGCUGGGCUCUUGCCAAGGCAAUGCUCCGGGGGAUCCAACUUACGGCGAGGAAAUUGGCCAUCACACUACCUCCAGAGACUGAUGCCCUGUUCAUGGAUUUCGAGACAUGUGAUUGGUCUCAAAAAGACCGGGAUGGACUAAGCAGUUUGUAUCCUAAUUUUGCGUUGAGAGCAGAUGGAAAUGAGCAAGCGGAACUUGACAGAUUCUUGGAGAGAUGGGAUGCACUUGGCAUCUAG